CCUGAGCUACUGGAGUGGAGAGAGGCGUAGGGUCUGCGCGGCUGGCAGCAUCCUCGGGCUGCACUGUAGGAGAUGGAGUGAGUCUGGACUUGCGGAUGGGGAAGCCAGCUUUGUAGCCGAGAUACACUGAGGGUUUAUGGUCUCCAGCACUGGCCCUGUCAUGAUUUGCUGUGAACCCUGGCAGCCCCUCCAUUCUGCACGAGAAGCCUCAGGUCCUCUUUCAGCUCCUUGGCCCGUGGUCCUGGUGGCAUUCUACCCCUGUGGUCAGCCCAGAGCCUCUCCUGCCCAUGCAGUACCCAGCAGCCACUGCUGAAGGCCUUAGUGGCCCACUGUCCGGGGCCUACACGCUUCCCGCCUUCAAGUUCCAGCCUCGCCGUGAGAGCAUAGACUGGAGACGAAUCAGUGCCGUGGACGUGGACCGUGUGGCCCGGGAGCUGGACGUGGCCACGCUGCAGGAGAACAUUGCUGGCGUCACCUUCUGUAACCUGGACGGGGAGGUGUGCAACCACUGUAGGCAGCCGGUGGACCCGGUGCUGCUCAAGGUACUGCGCCUGGCACAGCUCAUCAUUGAGUACCUGCUGCAUUGCCAGGACUGCCUGAGUGCCAGCGUAGCGCAGCUGGAAGCACGGCUGCAGGCCAGCCUGGGCCAGCAGCAGCGUGGCCAGCAGGAGCUGGGUCGCCAAGCCGAUGAGCUCAAGGGCGUUCGGGAGGAGAGCCGGCGUAGGCGAAAGAUGAUCAGCACCCUGCAGCAGCUGCUUCUGCAGACGAGUGCCCACAGCUACCACACGUGCCAUUUGUGUGACAAGACCUUCAUGAAUGCCACCUUUCUCCGGGGCCACAUCCAGCGCAGGCAUGCAGGCAUGGCAGACGUUGGAAAGCAGAAGCAGGAACAGCCACUGGGGGAGGUGCUGGAGGAGCUUCGGGCCAAGCUCAAGUGGACCCAAGGGGAGCUGGAAGCCCAGAGGGAGGCUGAGCGGCAGCGGCAGGUCCAGGAAUUAGAGAUGACUCGUCAGCGGGAAAUGGAAGCUAAAAAAAAGUUCGAUGAAUGGAAAGAAAAAGAACGCAGCAAGCUUUAUGGGGAGAUAGACAAGCUGAAACAGCUGUUUUGGGAUGAAUUCAAAACUGUUGCCAACCAGAACUCCACGUUAGAAGAGAAACUGAAGGCACUGCAGUCCUACAGCAUGACGGAGUCCCACCUUGGGUCUCUGCGGGAUGAAGAGUCAGAGGAGAGACUCAAGCAUGCCCAGGAGCUCCAGGCCCUUCGAGAAAAGAUGGAAGUCCAGAAAACAGAGUGGAAGAGGAAAAUGAAGGCCCUGCAUGAAGAGCGGGUAGCUGAGAGGAGACAGCUGCAGGAGGAGAAUGAGAGGCUCCACGUGUCCCUGUCUCAGGACCAGAAGAAAGCAGCUGCCCAGUCUCAGCGCCAUAUCAAUGCCCUCCGUGCCCAGCUUCAAGAACAAGCCAGGCUUAUCGAGUCCCAGGAGGAGACGAUCCAGACUUUGUCCCUCAGGAAGGUGGAGGAAGUCCAAGAGAUGCCAAAGGCUGUGGCCACAGAGGAGGACUCUUCUGAAGAAGAGCUCGAGGCCUCCCUUGAGGAGCGGCAGGAGCAACGGAAGGUGUUAGCAGCUCUCAGGAAAAACCCCACUUGGCUGAAGCAGUUCCGGCCCAUCCUGGAGGACACCCUGGAAGAGAAGCUGGAGGGCCUGGGGAUCAAGAGGGACACAAAGGGAAUUUCUGCUCAGACUGUCCGACGCCUGGAGCCCCUGCUGAGAGCCCAACGGGAGCAGAUAGCCCGAAGCUUCCGAGAGUUUCCCAGUCUGAGGGAAAAGCUCAACAAGGAAGUGAGCAGCAGGGUGAAGAAAAGAUGGGAGAGUACAGCUGUGGCGUCCCAGCCAGAUGGCCAGCCUCCAGUCAAAAGCCAGCGGAUCACACUGGCCACAAGGGAGGUCCGGCCAAAGACCAGGACCUUGACUGUGGCACUGCCAUCUAAACCAGCAGAACCUUCAACGCCAACUCUUCAGGGCCACAGCAGCCAUGGCCCCGGCCUCACCCAGGUGUCCACCCCCAUUCCACGCCCCAGAGUGCAUGGACCCUCCAGUACCCCUGUUUCCCCUGGGUCCGGGCUGAGCAGCACCCCGCCUUUUAGUUCUGAAGAAGAGCCAGAGGGAGACAUCGUGCAACGCGUGUCCCUUCAGCCUCCUAAAGUUCUCUCUAGGUCAGCAGCCAAGCCUGAGGACAACUGGGGCUGGUCUGAUUCCGAGACCUCAGAGGAGAGUGCCCAACCUCCUGGGAGGGGCUCAGGUGGGCUGGCUUCUUCAGGAACACUGGUACAGUCAAUUGUCAAAAACCUUGAGAAGCAGCUUGAAACGCCAGCCAAGAAGCCUUCUGGAGGGGUCAAUAUGUUCUUAAGGCCCAACUCUGCCCUUCAGAGGGCUUCCACACCAGCAAGAAAGUCUCAGCUUUCAGAAGAUGAGAGUGACUUGGAGAUCUCGUCUUUGGAAGAUCUCUCCCAAGACCUGGGCCAGAAAGGAAAGCCAAAGCCUUUGACCCACUCAAAGCUCCCAGAAAAGUUUGAUGUCAGCCCUUGGAGCUCGGGGUCACGACCCAGGAUUCCUGGCUGGUGAUUCUCUUACGUUUGCCAGAGAGCUUAGCCCUGUUUCUUGGCUGGUCUCACCCAAAUGGAAGAGGCCAUCAGGCCUCCCGCUUUCACUAGCAGCCAAGAAAUCUUUCCCUUGAAGAGAAGCAGAGUAGGAGACAGACAGAACCUCUAUUCAUCCCCUGACCGCUACCCCAAAGGGCUGGGUCCUGUGCUGGGUCUUGUGUAAAUGUGAGAAGGAUUGUAACAGGACUUCCGAGCGUUUCUUCCAUGAUCCCUACGUCCAGUCCAGACUGAAAGUAGUCACUGUUUCUAAGUUUUUGUAAUCUGCAGGUCAACGUGGAGUUGGGUCCUGAGUCAGUUACCAGUUAGGUAGUCUAUGGUGGACUCUCUAGCUUUUCACUACUGAGUUGGGGUGCAGACAGAGGUAGGAGGUACAAAGUGCCUGCUACCAGGGCCAGGCACAGUAAACGAGUGCUAGCCUGCUACCAGGGCCAGGCAUAGUAAUCGAGUACUAGGCAUUAGAGUGUUGGGAUGGCAUGGUUGAGGCUGGCUGCCCUACUUUCAUUUCUGUUGCUGUGAUAAACAUUCCGACCAAAAGCACCUUAGAGGAAGAAAGGCUUUGUUAGUCUAUGACUGCAAGGAGAUGAAGGCUGGACCAUGAAGGUAGGCCUGCUUGCUGUUCCACACAGCACUACCUCUGACCAAGGAAUUCAUUUCACAGCCAAAGAAACAUGUUAGGAACCCUAGAGGAUACUGCUUGCUAACUGCAGCUGUGUGUACUCAGCUAGCUCUUUUUAUACAGUUCAGGACCUCCUGCCUGGGGAUGGUACUGCCCACAGUAGGCUGGGCUCUCCUAUAUCCAUGAGCAAUCUAGACAAUCCCUCACAGACAUUGUCCUCAAAGCACUUCCUCUGAGGAGGCUCUCCUCUUGGACAGUUCUCAGUUGUGACAAAUGGAUAUUUAAAACUAACCAGGACACCAUUCCACCGAGUCCAGGAUGACCCUGGAGAAAGCCCCCAGAGUUGUGUUGUGCGGUGGAGCUUGGUCAUGACAAUAAAAAGAGCAAUGUGGAUGAAGCCUCUUGUCCCCAUAGAACCAUACAUUUAAUUUUUGAGAUUGUUUCUGAAUGAGAUUUUUUUAUAUAUUGACUGUAUUUUUGGGCAGAGAAGGUUGUUGUUGUUGUUUUUGAGACAGGGUUUC